AUGAGUCAACCACCAAUUCCUGCAAAAAGAAAAGCUGCAGAAAAAGAUCCAAAAGCCACAUUCACAAAACCAUCAAGACUAAUUGCUGCAGCAAAAGCUGGAGAAGAUGAAUUAAUCAGAGAAUAUAUGGAUAAUCCAACUAAAAAAAUUGAUAUUAAUAAAGUUGAUUCACUUGGACAAUCUUCUAUGCACUGGGCUGCACAUUCAGGAUAUCCAAACACUAUUGAAACAUUAGUACAUUAUGGUGGUAAUGUUAAUCUUCAAGAUAAGACAGGAGAAACUCCAUUACAUAAAGCUGCUUGGAGAGAUAAAGUACAAACAAUUGCAAAAUUAAUUUCACUUGGAGCAGAUAUCACUAUUAAGAAUGAUAAAGGAGAGACUCCAUUCAUGGUUGCUAAAAGUCUUGAAGCAAAGAAACUUUUAUACAUUCCAACAGUUGAUCUUGAUGAAGAUUGUGAGGAUUCACGUGAUUCAGAUGAUGAUUAA